AUGAGCAAACAGAACCUCUCUCCCCAUUCCUAUAGAAAAAGAGAAUCUAAAGCCUGGGUGCAUGUUUUCUAUUACUUGGGUGAACUUAAUGACUCAUUGUCAUAUGCUCUUGGAGCUGGUCCGCUAUUUGAUGUUUCUGAGGACUCAGAUUAUGUCCACACACUACUUGCUAAAGCUAUUGAUGAGUAUGCAAGUCUCAGAUCAAAGGCUGCAGAGUCAAAUGAUGAAGCAGGAAAAGUGGAUCCCCGUUUGGAGGCAAUUGUGGAGAGAAUGUUGGAUAAGUGUAUACUGGAUGGAAGGUAUCAACAAGCAAUUGGAAUUGCAAUUGAAUGUAGAAGAUUGGACAAGCUCGAGGAGGCUAUAACAAGGAGUGAUAACAUUCAUGCAACAUUAUCUUACUGCAUUAAUAUUGCUCAUUCAAUUGUUAAUUUGAGAGAAUACCGCCGUGAGGUGCUUCGUCUUCUUGUUAAAGUAUACCAGAAGUUGCCAUCUCCUGAUUUUUUGAGCAUAUGUCAAUGCCUUAUGUUCUUGGAUGAACCAGAAGGUGUUGCAAGCAUCUUGGAAAAGCUCCUAAGAUCUGAAAAUAAGGAUGAUGCACUGCUUGCCUAUCAAAUAGCUUUUGAUCUUGUGGAGAAUGAACAUCAGGCGUUUCUUUUGAAAGUGAGAAAUCUGCUUUCCAUUGCUAAGACCCAAACAUCAGAACCUGCACAGCAAGUAUCUGCUGCUCCUGAGUCUGCUCAGAAUGAAAAUGCUUCAUCUGAGGAUGUUCAAAUGACAGAUGAAACUCAAGCUUCUAACAAGAGUGUGCAAGAAGUGGACCCAAAAGAAGUUACCUAUGCUGAGAGGCUGACCAAAAUAAAGGGAAUUUUGUCAGGAGAGACUUCAAUACAGUUGACCUUGCAAUUUUUAUACAGUCAUAACAAGUCAGAUCUUCUUAUUCUUAAGACAAUAAAGCAGUCUGUGGAAAUGAGAAAUAGUGUCUGCCACAGUGCUACUAUAUAUGCUAAUGCAAUUAUGCACGCUGGAACGACUGUGGAUACAUUUCUCAGAGAGAAUCUGGAUUGGUUGAGCAGGGCUACUAAUUGGGCUAAAUUCAGUGCAACAGCAGGGCUAGGUGUUAUUCAUAGGGGCCACCUGCAACAGGGAAGAUCACUGAUGGCCCCGUACUUGCCACAGGGUGGGGCUGGUGGUGGCAGUCCAUAUUCUGAAGGUGGUGCUCUCUAUGCCCUGGGGUUGAUUCAUGCAAACCAUGGCGAGGGUAUCAAGCAGUUUCUUCGUGAAAGUCUUCGCAGUACUAAUGUUGAGGUUAUCCAGCAUGGUGCUUGUUUGGGCCUUGGCUUAGCAGCUCUUGGAACUGCUGACGAUGAUAUCUAUGAGGAUAUAAAAAAUGUGCUUUAUACUGAUAGUGCUGUUGCCGGCGAAGCUGCUGGUAUUGGUAUGGGCUUGCUUAUGGUUGGAACUGCAAGUGAGAAGGCAGGAGAAAUGCUUGCUUAUGCACACGAGACACAGCAUGAGAAAAUAAUUCGGGGUUUGGCAUUGGGGAUAGCACUCACGGUUUAUGGUAGAGAAGAAGAAGCAGAUACACUAAUUGAGCAAAUGACACGGGAUCAAGAUCCUAUUCUACGGCGGACGGCCGUUCUAGCACUCGGAUUUGUGCUGUACUCUGAGCCAGAACAGAUUACCCAAUUCAUAGCUGGUCUCACUGUCUCUGGACUGCAGACUCCUCGCAUUGUCUCCCUUCUGUCUGAAUCUUACAAUCCACAUGUCCGGUAUGGAGCAGCACUAGCAGUAGGCAUAUCCUGUGCAGGUACUGGUCUAAGUGAGGCCAUUUCUUUGUUGGAGCCCCUGACAUCAGACGUAGUUGAUUUUGUUCGCCAAGGGGCUUUGAUUGCAAUGGCUAUGGUGAUGGUUCAGAUCAGCGAAGCUAGUGAUUCUCGUGUUGGUGCAUUCAGGCGACAAUUGGAGAAAAUAAUUUUGGAUAAGCAUGAAGAUACCAUGAGCAAGAUGGGAGCAAUCUUGGCCUCUGGAAUACUUGAUGCUGGUGGAAGGAAUGUGACAAUAAAGUUACUUUCAAAGACAAAACAUGAUAAAAUUACUGCGGUUGUUGGCCUUGCUGUUUUUAGCCAGUUCUGGUAUUGGUAUCCCCUUAUAUAUUUUGUUAGCUUGUCAUUUUCACCUACAGCCUUUAUCGGGCUGAACUAUGACUUGAAAGUUCCAAGGUUCGAAUUCCUAUCACAUGCAAAGCCAUCACUAUUUGAGUAUCCUCGGCCAACUACUGUGCCUCCCACCACAUCAGCUGUGAAACUUCCUACUGCAGUUUUAUCAACCUCAGCAAGAGCCAAGGCUAGGGCAAGUAAAAAAGAGGCAGAUCAGAAAGUUAAUGCGGAAAAAACUUCUGGGCCAGAUUCAUCUUCUACUGCUUCAAACACUGGAAAAGGGAAGUCCUCAGGAGAUAAGGAUGGGGACUCUAUGCAGGUUGAUAAUCUAGCAGAGAAGAAAUCAGAGCCUGAACCAUCUUUUGAACUUUUGACUAACCCUGCAAGGGUUGUCCCAGCUCAAGAGAAAUGCAUCAAAUUCCUGGAAGAAAGUAGAUAUGUGCCAGUUAAGUUAGCACCUUCAGGAUUUGUUCUUCUAAAGGACUUGCACCCAACUGAACCUGAAGUAUUCUCUCUUACGGAUGCACCAUCAUCAACUGCAUCAGCUGCUGGUGGAUCAACAACUGGACAGCAGGGCUCAGCAUCGGCCAUGGCUGUUGAUGAGGAGCCACAGCCACCUCAGCCAUUUGAAUACUCCUCGUGA